AUGUCUGAGCCACAAAUUACUACCCAGAAAUAUGGGGACAUCCAGCAAGAUAAACCUGAAGAAAUCUUGGCUAAUAUUGAAAAUGAAUCACAAAAAGUAAAAAUAUGUAUUACCGUGCAGGAAGAUAAAACAGAAAAAAUCUUUUUUACUAAACUUUUAGAUCAAUAUCAUGGAUUUAGGAAAAUUGUAUUAGUAUUAUUGAUUAUCAGUUUUUUAAUUUCAUUCUUCGCCCUUUUUAUUGCGAUAUAUCUCAAAAGAAAUGAAACCAUCAACAAUCCUAAACCUCAAAUUCUUACCUCCUCUAUUCUAAAUGGUGCUAAAUAUGGCGUUGAUAAGUUAUCAAAUACGUUACCCUUGAUAGUUGAUUCUUUAACAGCAUUAUUAAGUGGUGGUGGAAUUAUUAUAGGGUUUAAAAAUUUCUUUUUCUCUUCUAAAGAAUAUGUAAAUUUGAUGCAUAAAUCCAUAGAAAAUGAAUCAAAGGAAGUAGAUGGUACUAGACAAGUAAUCAAAAACCUGAAAUUGAUAAAAAUAUAUAUGCUGUCAUUACUACAAUCGGCUCUAUCAUUAUAUUAUAUUCAUUCUUGUUAUUAUAAAUCUUGUACAUUUAGCCACUAG